AUGCACCCAAACGCCGAAGACGAAAAAGAGCUUUUUCCAAGUCAGCGCAUCCAGCAGGACGCGUCAGCGGCGGCGGCGGCGGCGCUGGGGGCGGGCGCGGGGGCGGGGGCGGCGGGGGGCGGGCGGGGGGGCGUGCAGCGCGCGCAUCGGGGUGAGCGGCCGGGGCGCCCCAGCGCCCGCGCAGCGGCGCCGGUGUGCGGCUCCGACGGCGUCACCUACAGCAGCCGCUGCCAGCUGCUGCGCGCGCAGUGCAAGGGCGCCGCCGUCACCGUCAAGCACAAGGGCCCCUGCAAGGACGCGCAGCCCUGCUGGACGGACCUGCGCCACGCGCAGUUCAUCCCGCGCCCGCCGCAGCUGCAGCUGUUCGAGCCCCGCUGCUUGGACGACGGCAGCUACGCGCCCGUGCAGUGCCACAACGAGACGGGCUACUGCUGGUGCGUCACGCCGCAGGGCCGGCCCGGAAAUCGGGGACCCGCAGACGCUCGUCGCCAGGAGGACGCAAGAACAAGAAAGGUACGCCUGGCAGCUCCACGGCGCGACAAUAUCUCCUUUGCCUGA